AUGAGCGCUCCAGCAAGCACAGCCCCUAAAGUGACCAAAACCCUGGUUGAUAGUAGCACAGGUGACUCUCUACCCCGAGAUCCCAUCGGCCUAUAUAUCAAUCAUGUGGCCAAGCCUGCUGUGCUACUUAACAGGGCCACGAUGCAGCGGCAUUGCGAGUCCCUACGCUCGUCCACGGAGCGUCUCGGAAUAGAUUUUCGUUUCCAUGUCAAGACUCACAAGACUAGACAAGGUCUUCGCCUGCAAGCCGGAGAGUCCAACUCGAAAGUUAGGCUUGUCGUAUCGACGGUCGCAGAGCUCGAGUAUCUACUGCCAGUCUUGCUGGAAUUCCAGGACCACGGGCGGCAUGUCAAUGUUCUAUAUGGCAUGCCACUCCCUUUGUCGCAGGUUGGGCGACUCGCAACAUUAGGACGCCAGCUAGGGCCAAGUACCAUCUCUGUGCUGGUCGAUAAUGUUCACCAGCUGGACCAUGUCAAGCGCUUUAACAAGCUGGCCCUGUUUCCUGCCGGACUAUUCUUGAAAAUAGACACAGGGUACCACCGAGCUGGCCUCCCCCCCGAUAGUGUGAACCAGAACGAUCUGGUGAAAAGCUUAAUGCAACUGCACGAGCAAGGCGAGGUUAUCUUCACCGGGCUCUACUCGCAUAGCAGUCUCAGUUACAACGACACAACUCCAGACCAAGCCAUGGAAAACCUAGAGGCCGAGAUAUCGGGGUGCCUGGACGUGCUUCACCUGAACGGGCCCCUUUUCUCAGUCUGCAGGGAGAUGACUAUCAGCGUCGGCGCGUCCCCUCAGGUGACUUCCAUCGAGAACCUCGCGAUGGAGACGGCACCGUCAUCGGCUGCGGCAGUGAGCCUGCGCAAGAGAAUCGAGGAAUUACAAACAGGGAAUCCAAGCGGGUUUCAAACAUCACUUGAACUCCAUGCCGGCGUGUAUUCUGUGCUGGACAUUCAACAAAUGUCCACACGUUCCCGGGGUGAUCACCUAGGGACCUACGAAGACGAGAUCGCUGUGUCCGUUGCCGCCGAGGUUUGUAGUAUCUACAACGAUGGGGAGCGCCAGCAGUCCGAGGCUCUCGUAGCGGUUGGUACGUUAGGUCUGGGGAGAGAGCCGUGUGUGGCAUAUUCAGGGUGGGGAGUGGUGGACUGUGAAGCAUCCCUGACACCGGACAACAGGGAGUCACAUACGCGGCGUCGUCUCAUCGUAAGUCGCAUCAGCCAAGAACACAGCAUUAUCAGCUGGGAGCGUUCUUCGGCAGGAGAAUGCAACGACGCUGCUGGCGAAGACUUUCAGAGGCCGAUUCCGCUCGCGAUCGGACAGACGGUGCGCAUCUAUCCAAACCAUGCGUGCGUCACUGGAGCGCUAUACCCACACUAUCUUGUGGUAGACUCGUCUGAUGAGUCUCAGGGCAGGAAGGUCGUGGACGUCUGGGAAAGAGCCCGCGGAUGGUAG